AUGCCCUUUCCCCGCCUCCCGCGAUGGUCGACGGGAUUAGGUGCAGGGAAGAGAGUGCAAGGAUUCGGUUGGGAAAGGGCGCACGUGUUUUGCGAUUUGUGCUUUUUGGCCUCACUGGGUAUCCGUACAUCUGUGUUGUUAAAGCUCAAAGAUCCAUGCUCAAAGUACAAUUUUCUGAAACCUGAACAUGGACGCAUCCAACAAAUAGGAUGUAGCUUUACCUUCUAUGGUGCUUCGCUAUUAUUGGAGUAUUUCUUCAAGAUGUUUUACGUGGGAGUGGACGUGGGCACUGCGAGCGUGAGAGCAGCUCUUGUGACCAGAGAGGGUUUGCUCAAGAGCACAGCGGAAGAGCCCAUCAGAAUCUGGGAACCUCAGCCCGAACAAUGCGUCCAGUCUUCCUCUGAAAUCUGGAAAAAAUGCUGCACUGUAGUUCAGAGGGUUGUCAAUGGAGUGGAGAGGAGCCAGAUACGAGGAAUUGGAUUUGAUGCAACCUGCUCUCUUGUGGUGUUGGACGAGUUUUUUCAACCUGUCUCUGUCUGUCAUAGUGGAGACACGGACAAGAAUGUUGUGAUGUGGAUGGACCACAGAGCGGCAGAGCAGGCUGUGCGUAUUACAAAUACUGGUCACCCGGUUCUGAGUCGGGUGGGAGGGGUCAUGUCACCAGAGAUGCAGCCCCCUAAACUCCUAUGGCUCAAAGAGAAUCUUGAAGAAAGUUGUUGGAACAAAGCAGCACAUUUCUUUGACCUUCCAGACUUCCUGUCAUGGAAAGCAACAGGCUCAUUGCGUAGGUCCUUGUGUACUUUGGUCUGUAAGUGGACAUAUUGCCCCCCCGAAGGAUGGAAUGACAGUUUUUGGACAGCUAUUAAACUUAGUGAUCUCUUGGAAAACAACUACUCCAAAAUUGGUAAUGUGACCUCCCCCCCUGGCAGUCCCCUGGGGCAGGGGCUGACAGCAGAGGCUGCUGCAGAUUUGGGGUUAAAUCCUGGAACUGCAGUUGGAGCGUCUCUUAUUGAUGCCCAUGCUGGAGGAUUAGGUGUUAUAGGUGCAGAUGUUGAAGGCUUUAACUUACCGUGUGAGCACCAACCUAUCACUUCACGAAUGGCUAUGAUCUGUGGAACAUCAACCUGUCACAUGGCGAUUAGUGACAAACCUCUGUUUGUGCCUGGGGUUUGGGGACCGUGUUUGUCUGCAAUGGUUCCUGGCUUUUGGCUAAAUGAAGGUGGACAGAGUGCAACAGGGAGACUGAUUGACCACAUGGUGAAGGGCCAUGCUGCUUACAACCAACUCCAAGAACAGGCAAAGCAAAGGUGUCCUUUUGCUGGAGAGAACAUUUACUCAUACUUAAACAGUCAUUUGAACACUAUGACUGAUCCCAGCUCUCCUGUUGACCUGCUCACCCCCUCUUUACAUGUGUGGCCUGACUUUCAUGGAAACAGGUCUCCACUGGCAGACCCAACAUUAAAGGGAAUGGUUAUAGGACUCACAUGUUCCCAAACAGUUGAAGAUUUGGCUUUGCUGUAUCUGGCAACUGUACAAGCGCUGGCACUUGGCACAUUACAUAUUCUGGAGGCGAUGAAAGAGGCUGGUCACGACAUCAAAACUAUUUUCUUAUGUGGUGGUCUUAGUAAAAAUCCACUUUAUGUUAAAGUCCACGCAAAUGCAACAGGGCUUCCUGUCGUGUUACCAGACCAGAUGGAGGCAGUGCUGGUGGGGGCAGCAGUUCUCGGUGCCUGUGCAUCUAAAGACUAUAAUUCAAUACAGGAGGCUAUGUCAAAAAUGGCUAAAGUGGGUCAAGUUGUCUGGCCUGAUGAUAAAGUAAAAAGCUUCUACAAAAGGAAGUACAGCGUGUUUCUGCGCCUCGUUGACCACCAGAGGGAGUACCAGGCGCUCAUGAAUCCAAGAUGA